AUGAACUUCUGGUUACUAACGGGUUUACUAUGUCUUAUAUUCCUCUACAAGACCAAUUCGACCAUUUCAAAGCCAUUCCGAGCUCAUAUUGAACAAAAUUUUGGAAAGAAAGUUGCUUCCGAACUGGCUAGAGAUGAUGAAGGUGAACGAGGAUCAUUUGGAGGGUCGGAUGAGGAAGGCGUACCUAAAUUAAAGUGGGUUUUUGGCUUGUUUUUGAUGUUUUUAUUAUGUUUUUGGGCUUUUAUAGGGGAAAAAUGCAAUUUUUAGAGCUUGUAAAGAAAGUUCUUGCAAUUUUUACAGUUUUUGUUGAUUGUAAGAGUAUUUUUGAUAUUCUGACCAAAUUUCAAAGUUUUUUUAAAAUUGGAAAUAAAGUUACAACACUUUUAAAAAUGUGGAAGUCUGGUGGAAGAUUUGUAAUCUAAUUUGCACUGAAAAUCUUCCACCAAACUUCCACAUCUAAAAAGUGUCAAAAACGUGUUUUUAGGCCGUUUUAAGACAUUUUAAAAAUGGAAGCUGAGUGGAAGAUUUUCAGUGCAAAAUACAUUACAAAGCUUCCACUUACUUUCACAUUUUUAAAUUCGUUUUUUUGAUGUUUUAAAUCAAAAUUUUAAAAGUUUUUAAAUUUUGCUAAAAAUUAGCUACUAUUUCUGAAAUGAUGACCAAAUUUCACAAAAUUUCGAAAAUGGUCCAAAAAGUUAUGGCACUUUUAAAACUUUUAUAUGCCGAUUGAUAUUUUCAGUAAAGUCCCAAUAGUCUUUGUUCACGGUCAAACUCGUCGUGCCAAGGACCUGGACUACGUGUUGAAGCCAUUCCAUGCUCAUGGGUACUCUUUUUCUGAGGUUUAUAGUACCACUUAUGGCAAAAAUGUGACUGGUACCAACUACAUGCAUGACAGGGCUUACUGUAGUUAUAUAAAGCAGGUGAGGAAUAUGAUUGAAGCUGUGUUAAACUACACAACGUACCCGAAAGUUGAUGUGAUUGGAUUCUCAAUGGGCGUGGCUUUCUCGAAGAAGGCUAUUUUGGGUAGGUUUUUUUGUUUUUUGGGCGUGGGUGGGGAGGGAUGGGGGGGGGGUAGAAGAAGGUACAGUAGUGUUGGAUAGGUUAGGUAGGGCACUGUAAGAAAGUUUACAGUACGGUAAGGCAAGAAACGGUAGGUUUAGGUCGGGGUACUGUAGAGUAGAUGAACAUACAGUAAGGUGACGGAGAAUACAGUAGGACAAAGUAAUAUAUACUAAGGUAAGGAAGGGUACUGUAGUGAAAGCUAGUGAAAGGUAGGGUAGGGUGCAAAAGUCAUAUCUAAAGUAAUAUAUUAUAGGAGGCAAAUGUGUGGACACAGGAGACGAUCUAGGUGACCCACUAACCUCACGUAUUCGUACCUGGCUGGGUGUCGCUGGAGCUCAUCGUGGUAUGAUCGAGUGCAGAGAUGACCCCAAGUAUGAACUGUGUAAUCCUGUAAAUGGACUCAAUCCAGACGGUGAAAGUGCUUUUCUAACUGAUAUUAACACUGCGUAAGUAACGCUUUAAUUUUUUUUUACUUAUUUGAAGUUUUUUACAAGAUUAAAAUUUGAAUUUUGAUUUUUCCGCCAACUUUGGCAUUAUGUUUUAAGGGUGUAUUUUAACUUAUUUUUGAAAAAUAUGUUUAUGUUGAUUCAUUUUAAGCUUAGAAUUUUAAUUUUUAGCAUAUUUUAAGAAUAAAAAAUUUGAAUGUAUAUUUGCCCGCUAAACUUGGCAUUCUGUUUUAAGAGGUAUUUUAUGACAUUUUAUGAUAUUACAUGUAAAAUUAGUUCUUCCAGACGUCAAAAUUUAAAAAACGUGUUAAAAAUUCAAUUUUAAACGUUUAAAAAUUUAAAUUUCGAUUGUCCCGCCAAAUUUCCAUUUCUUGGCAUUCCCAUCUUAAACUUAUACUGGGCUUAAACACUGCAAAGCUAGCUUUGAAUUUACUUAAAACAUUAAUUUUUUCCAUUUACAGCUACCGAUACGAAGCAAAAACCCGGAUAUUAGGGAUCGAAAGCAUUGACGACGAUAUCGUUGGACCAAUCAAUGAAACACAGCAUGAGAUCAAGAAGAAUGAUCAUUAUCACACAUUGAUUGUGGUGAGUACAGACCAAAAUGAUUGUAUUUUUCAUUUUAAAUGAUUAGUUUUGUCAGUUUUUGCUAAAAAAAAUAAUGUUUUGGCAGUUUUAAAAAAAUGGAAGUUGAGUGGAAGAUUUGUAAUGUAUUUUGCACUGAAAAUCUUCCAUUUAACUUCCAUUUUUAAAAAGUCUUAAAAUGGCUUGAAAACACGAUUUUGACGCUUUUUGGGAGUGGAAUUUUGGUGGAAUAUUUUCAGUGCAAAAUACAUUACAAAUCUUCCACCGAACUUCCACUUUCAACAUUGGUCGUUUUUUGUAAAUUUCCGGUUUUAAACGUUUAAAAAUGGCCUAAAAACACGUUUUUUAAGAGAUUUUUUCAGAAAUUGUACUGUUGAUACUACUGGUACACUUGGUACCACAAAAAAGUGGUACCAUUUGUGGGCUUACAUAAUGUGCUUUAGGCUUACAAAACUUCUUUUAGGCUUAUUUUUAUCUUUAUAUAUAUAAAAAAAUUCAUUAUUCUGUUUUGUAAACAAAGUUUCUUCCAUUUUCAGUUGGAAAAGCUGAACCAUCGAGAUUCGGUUUGGUUUCUGGGCGACCUAGUGUACCAAUUGUACAAAGAAGAACCAAUCGGAGAGCUGGCAGAGGUCGAAGAGGAUGUUCUAGAAGUCUCCAGGAAUACAACUGAUAAGGAUAUUGGGAUUGAGUAUUGA